AUGUUGCUGUUGGAGCUGCUGCUGGGGGAGGCUGCGGCCGGAUUCAGCUUGGAAAAAGCUGUUUGUAGCCAUGGGUUAUUCAUGAUGUCACCUAACUUUUGGGAUUCUCAAUCCAAGAGUCUUCAGCGCCCUCUUCGUCUUAGCCACAAUCACGACGACCCAGAUCAUCAAAUUUCCGUCUCCGUCAGAAUCUCGCAGCCCUCUAACUCUGCUCAUUCUCUCCAAGUUGAAGUCUUUGGGAUUAAUUCACUUUCUUCUCAACAAAAGCAGUCUUUGCUGAAUCAAGUGAGUCGAAUGAUGCGAUUAUCUGACGAAGAGAACAAGACUGUGCGGGAAUUCCAGGAGAUCCAUAGGGUAGCCAAAGAGAGAGGGCAUGGGAGGAUUUUCAGAUCUCCAACGUUGUUUGAGGACAUGAUCAAAUGCAUUCUCCUGUGCAACUGCCAGUGGUCUAGGACUCUGAGCAUGGCCCGAGCCCUGUGUGAAUUCCAGUGGGAACUGCAACAUUCCUUGUCAAAUGCAUCUCCUACAAAAAUCUAUGGCAGUUCAAACGCCAUAAGUGAAGCUGAUGAUAGCAGGUAUUUUGUUCCAAAUACACCAGCUAUAAAAGAAAAGAAGAGAACGCUUGGAAAUCAAGAGUGUCAUGUUGACAAUAGAUCGGAUUACUCUCAAGAGAGUGAUGAUUUUGAGUGCUCAAACGGGACUGAACCUCAUAACCAACCUGGCGUGGGAAACUUUCCAAGCCCUAAGGAAUUAGCAAUUGCUAAUGUAUCUCUUUUGGCAAAACGUUGCAAUCUAGGUUAUAGAGCAAGUCGCAUAGUGAAACUUGCACAGCUUGUUGAAGAAGGUGGUAUUCAGCUCAGAGAACUUGAAGAUGCUUGCAGUAACCCGACCCUGUUUAACUAUGAUAAAUUAGCUGAACAGUUAAAAGAAAUAGAUGGAUUUGGUCCUUUUACAUGUGCUAAUGUGCUAAUGUGCAUGGGCUUUUACCAUGUCAUUCCCUCAGACUCUGAGACGAUAAGGCAUCUGAAGCAGGUACAUGCUAGACACACUAGUCUUAAAACAAUACGUGCGGAUCUGGACAUAAUUUAUGGGCCGUAUGCGCCUUUUCAGUUUUUGGCGUAUUGGUCAGAAGUAUGGCACUUCUAUGAGGAAUGGUUUGGGAAGUUGAGUGAAAUGGUUCCUACAAGCUAUAAGCUUAUUACUGCAGCAAACAUGAAGCCCAAAAAGAAAGCUCAGAGCUUGAAAACUAAAGCAUCCAGGCCCGCGGAGCUUCUUAAUUCCACAAAUUUGAUCGGAAAAAGAGAAAUUGUGGUUUGCUCUGAUCGGAUCGCAAUGGGUGACGAUUUGAAAAGGUGGGUAUCAGAUCAAUUAAUAUCUCAUAAUCUCUUGGGAGUUUCGUCUCCAAUUCUGGUUCAAUUUGUAAUAACCCUGGCUAAGAAUGCAUCCUCCGUGCCGGAACUCGUCAAUAAUCUCGUCGAAUACGGGUUACCGUCCGAGAAGAUCCAUGGUUUUGCCCAAGAAAUUUUUUCUAAGGUUACGCAUAAAUCAUCUUCAUCUUCUACUUCUACUGUGUUGAAUCUGUAUCAACAGAGAGAAAGAGAGACUGCAACGUUGGCUAGGAAGCAGAAUACUUACACCAUCUUGGAAGAGGAUGAGGAUUUUGAUGGUGGCAGUAUUAGUCCUGUUUCUCAAAAGGUUGAUAACUCUGGGGAAAAAAGAUUCAGGAAGAGGACCAAGCCCAAGGAAGACGACGAUGAAGAAAAUGAAGAGAUAAUAGCUAAGGAGAAAAGGAUUGUGAGGCGGCGGACUUCAAAGACAGAGGAAGGAGAAGAAGAAAGAUUGCGGGAUCAAAGACAGAGGGAAGAGUUGGAACGGCGCAUUAGAGAAAAGGAUGCUGCUGCAACCAGAAAGCUGACUGAGCGCAAGCUAACAAAGAAGGAGGAAGAGGAGGCAAUUCGGAGGUCGAAGCCUUUGGACAAUGAUGAGAUUGAAACUCUGAGGAAGCUUUCAAGGCAGAAAUAUCUGAAUGAAAGAGAGAAAAAGAUGGUCCAGAGACUCAGGGAUGAGAUUAAAGAUGAGCUGUCUUUAUUUGAAGGAGUAAAGCUUACUGAAGCAGAGUACCGUGACCUUAGAUACAAGAUAGAAUUGUACCAACUCCUUGAGAAAGUAAUGACUCAAGAGAAUGAUGAGAUUCAGGAAUAUAGGAUCCCUGAAGCCUAUGAUCAGGAUGGUGCUGUGAGUCAAAGUAAGAGGUUUGCUGCUGCUUUGAAGCGUUACCGGGAUACUAAUGUUUCCGACAGAAUGAAUCCAGCUGCAGAACAACAAGCCUGGGAAGAACAUAAUAUUCGGAAAGGAACUUUAACAUUUGGGUCAAAAGACAGGAAACAAAACUCUGAUGAGUAUCAGUUUGUGUUUGUGGACCAAGUUCAGUUUGUAAAGGCAGCAGUAAUGGAUGGCUCAGAUAUUGAAGAAGAGCCCUUGGUUGAGGAUCUCCAAAAAACAGCAGCCAAAACCUUAGCUGACAAGCUUCAGGAUGAUAGGAAAAGUCUGCCUGUUUAUCAAUAUAAAAACCAAUUGCUUGACGCCAUAGAUCAAUAUCAGGUGCUUGUAAUCAUGGGCGAGACAGGUUCCGGAAAGACUACUCAAAUUCCUCAGUAUCUCCAUGAAGCGGGUUAUACAAAGCGUGGGAAGAUAGGAUGUACCCAACCUCGGCGAGUUGCUGCUAUGAGUGUUGCUGCUCGAGUGGCUCGGGAGAUGGGAGUCAAACUAGGACAUGAGGUUGGGUAUUCAAUUCGUUUUGAAGACUGCACUUCAGAGAAAACUAAGUUAAAAUAUAUGACCGAUGGAAUGCUGUUGCACGAAUUCCUCACCGAACCUGAUCUUGCUAGUUAUAGUGUGUUAAUGGUGGACGAGGCGCACGAGAGAACAUUGUCAACCGAUAUUCUUUUUGGGUUGGUUAAGGAUAUUGCUCGAUUCAGACCUGAUCUCAAGAUAUUGAUUUCAAGUGCAACCCUUGAUGCUCAGAAAUUCAGUGAUUUUUUUGAUUAUGCACCUAUCUUUAGGAUACCAGGAAGGCGAUAUCCUGUUGAGAUCAAUUUCACUAAAGAACCAGAGGCUGAUUAUUUGGACGCAGCAAUUGCUACUGUCCUUCAGAUUCAUGUGACAAGGCCUCCAGGAGAUAUAUUGGUUUUCCUUACUGGACAGGAGGAAAUUGAGACAGCUGAGGAGAUCUUGAAGCAUAGAACAAGAGGCCUGGGAACCAAAAUAGCUGAGCUGAUGAUCUGUCCAAUUUAUGCUAACUUACCCACAGAGCUGCAGGCCAAGAUAUUUGAUCCGAUCCCUGAAGGAGCACGAAAAGUUGUGCUAGCCACAAAUAUCGCUGAAACUUCCCUAACAAUUGAUGGCAUAAAGUACGUUGUUGAUCCUGGAUUUUGUAAAAUGAAGUCCUAUAAUCCACGCACAGGAAUGGAGUCAUUAUUGGUCACUCCCAUUUCAAAAGCAUCUGCAAACCAACGUGCAGGGCGAUCAGGACGGACAGGACCUGGGGAGUGCUUUCGGCUCUAUACAGCAACUAAUUACAACACUGAUUUGGCAGAAAAUGCUGAUCCCGAAAUACAGAGGACGAAUCUAGCAAAUGUCGUGCUUACGCUCAAGAGUCUCGGCAUCAAUGAUAUCCUACAUUUUGACUUUAUGGAUCCUCCACCGGUACAAUCGGUUCUAAAAGCCCUGGAAUUGCUAUAUGCGCUUGGUGCACUCAAUAGUGAAGGUCAGUUGACCAAGACAGGUAGGAGAAUGGCAGAAUUCCCGGUUGAUGCCAUGCUGUCAAAGAUGAUCGUUGCCUCUGAGAAGUAUAAAUGCUCAGAGGAGAUCAUUACCAUUGCAGCCAUGCUAUCCAUUGGGAAUGCAAUAUUUUACCGUCCAAAGGACAAACAAGUGCACGCUGAUAAUGCCCGAAAGAACUUCUACACAGGGAAUGUAGGAGACCACAUUGCGCUGUUAAGGGUAUACAAUUCCUGGAAGGAAACCAAUUUUUCUACUCAGUGGUGCUAUGAGAAUUACAUCCAGGUUAGAAGCAUGAAGCGGGCAAGGGAUAUAAGAGAUCAGUUGGAGGGAUUGUUGGAAAGGGUGGAGAUUGAAGCUACUUCAAACGAGAAUGAUCUGCAAAGUAUACAGAAGGCCAUAACAUCCGGUUUCUUCCCCAAUUCAGCCAGGAUGCUAGCAAAUGGAUCAUAUCGAACUGUGAAAGACCCUCAAACUGUUUAUAUGCAUCCGAGUUCGGGUUUAGCAGAGGUGCAUCCAAGAUGGCUGGUAUACCAUGAACUGGUAUUGACAACAAAGGAAUACAUGCGACAGAUGACCCAGUUGAAUCCUGAAUGGCUAGUUGAAAUAGCACCCCACUACUAUCAGUUGAAGGAUGUCGAAGAUCCCAAGUCGAAGAAGAUGCCUCGAGGAGAAGGCCGUGCAUCAUCAAGUCAAUAA